AUGAGAGUGGUGAUUCAAAAAGUGAAGCGUGCGUCGGUUUCCGUGGAUAACGCACUUGUGUCGUCGAUUCAAAAGGGACUCAUGAUUCUUGUAGGUGUCUCCACUGCAGACACGUCAGACGAUGUGGCGAAACUAGUGAAGAAAAUCUCCACUCUCCGGCUCUUUGAGGACUUUUCGAACCCGCCACCAGACCAGGGAAAAUGGCAUGGCAAGCCUUGGAGCCGCAGUCUUGCAGAUGACAAAGAGCUUGGUGUUCUCUGCGUGUCUCAAUUCACUUUGUAUGGCACGAUUGCCAAAGGAACUAAACCCGAUUUUCACCGUGCCGCCAAGGGUCCACAUGCGCUAGAGUUGUACCAAGAGUUUUUGACCAAGUUGAGAACCAGCUUGGGCGACGAGAAGAGAGUUUUGGACGGAAAAUUCGGCGAGAUGAUGGAGGUUGAUUUGGUCAACGACGGACCAGUGACUAUAGUGUGGGAUACAAAUCUGGGGGUAUUCUAA